CGACGCUAGUCUGCUCUCCGAUUUGGGCCGUGGUGCACGAGUACACAUCGGUUUGCACGCACGGAGCAUCUCUCGUGCUGUUUUUGAGCGGCCCCAAAACGACUUGGCGCAACACAGCCAGCUCCACAUCGAUCUGACUGCACACUACAACAUGCUGCGUGUCACACUCAUCGUGUGCGUCUCGCAAUGCGCAUUAGGCUUCGCCCCGCCAGCAGCACCACGCGUCGGCCUCGCGAGGCACGCGGCGCCGGCCCGCGAGCCGUUUGAGUGCGAGGUGGACCUCGAGGCCGGCGAACCGGUAAAAAUCCAGAUCACGCCGACGAUGAGCGACUCGGAGCUCGUCGUGGCGCAGUAUCCUCUUCCCUUCUUCAUCGACAUCGAGAAUCGGGCGCAGCUGGGAGCCGUCGUCACGAAGGACGGCAGCGAACAGCAGAACAAGGGCGUCGAGCGCGUGGGCGACCGCCUGCGCGCGUUCACGUACUACGAAUACGGCGCCGCGCCCAGCGACGGCGGCGGCGUGCUGACGAUGUUCAAUUCUUUCAGCGGCGCCGGCUACUCGUGGAAUCGCCAGCUCUUCGACGCGACGUUCGUGUCCUGGGAGAGCUCCCUGGAGAAGCUCGUCACGAACGAGCCCCGACGGACGGACUCCGUGACGAUGGUCUUCGAGCGACCCGUAGCGCCUGCGCCGGCGCAGGCGGCCGAGCCCGCGGCCACGGCGCCACCCGCCGAAUAAGAGCAGG